AUGAACUCCACCUUGGAUGGUAAUCAGAGCAACCACCCUUUUUGUCUCUUGGCAUUUGGCUAUUUGGAAACUGUCGAUUUUUGCCUUUUGGAAGUGUUGAUUAUUGUUUUUCUAACUGUAUUGAUUAUUUCUGGCAACAUCAUCGUGAUUUUUGUAUUUCACUGUGCACCUUUGUUGAACCAUCACACUACAAGUUAUUUUAUCCAGACUAUGGCAUAUGCUGACCUGUUAGUUGGGGUCAGCUGCCUGGUUCCUUCUUUAUCACUCCUCCACUACCCGCUUCCAGUAGAGGAGUCCUUGACUUGCCAGGUGUUUGGUUUUAUAGUAUCAGUUCUGAAAAGUGUCUCCAUGACCUCUCUGGCUUGUAUCAGCAUCGACAGAUAUAUUGCCAUCACUAAACCUUUAACUUAUAACACCCUGGUUACACCCUGGAGACUACGCCUGUGUAUUUUCCUGAUUUGGUUGUAUUCCACGCUCGUCUUUCUGCCUUCCUUUUUCCACUGGGGCAAACCUGGAUAUCACGGAGAUGUGUUUCAGUGGUGUGCAGAGUCCUGGCGCACCGACCCCUACUUCACCCUGUUCAUCGUGAUGCUGCUAUAUGCCCCAGCGGCCCUCAUUGUGUGCUUCACUUACUUCAACAUUUUCCGCAUCUGCCAGCAGCACACAAAGGAAAUCAGCGAAAGGCAAGCUCGCUUCAGCAGCCAGAGUGGGGAGACUGGGGAGGUGCAGGCCUGUCCGGACAAGCGCUAUGCCAUGGUUCUGUUCCGAAUUACUAGUGUGUUUUACAUCCUCUGGUUGCCAUACAUCGUCUACUUCUUGUUGGAGAGCUCCACUGGCCACAGCAACCGCUUCGCAUCCUUCUUGACCACCUGGCUUGCCAUUAGUAACAGUUUCUGCAACUGUGUCAUUUACAGUCUCUCCAACAGUGUCUUCCGAAGGGGACUAAAGCGCCUCUCGGGGGCCAUGUGUACUUCCUGUGCAAGUCAGGUCAUAGCUAAGGACCCUUACACAGUUAGGAGCAAAGGCCCUCCUGAUGGAUGCCAUGUCUAAAGAGGUUCAGAUAUUGGGUCAUUGUAUGUGUGGGGGGUGGGCAGAGGGGAGAUCCUUUUUCUCCCUUUGUAUUCCUUGUUCACUAGAAAAUCUGGGCAAAAUAAUUUGACUCUGAGCAAUAGGAAACAAAUGAUCCAUCCAAAAAACCUAAGUUUGCAGAAAUGAUUUUUCUUUAAAAAUGCUUUUAAAUCAGAAGAAUCAGGACUAUGAAGAUAAAUUGCUCUUGGUUCCAAUUUUUGUGAUGCUGUGGAAAUGAUGAAAUUCUCACAUUUAAAAUGAAUAAAGUCAUAUCUCACA